AUGUCGGCCUCGGCCGUGCGGGGUGCCGCGGCGCUGCGCGCUACCCUGGGGCGGCCGGUUGCGUUUGUCAGGAAAAUCCCCUGGACGGCGGCGGCUAAUGAGUUACGAGAACACUUUGCACAGUUUGGUCAUAUACGGAAGUGCAUUAUACCUUUUGACAGAGAGACUGGCUUUCACAAAGGUCUGGGUUGGAUUCAGUUUUCUUCAGCAGAAGAACUUCAGAAUGCAAUACAACAGGAAAAUCAUAUUAUUGAUGGAGUAAAGCUCCAUGUUCAAGCACAAAGACGAAAAAAUUUACAAGGGGAUCAAACAUCAGAUGAAGAAAAAUAUUUCUGAAUAAUUAUUACUCAUUAAAUAAAGCAAAUAACA